AUGAAUCAAACUUCGUAUCUCGUCGUUCUUUUUGCUUGCUUCGCGAUUUGCAGAGUGAUUUCUUCGAAUGUUUCGGAAAAUCCAUCACAAAAUCCUUUGGUGAAUCAACGAUUAAGAACUUCAACCGACGAAUAUAAAAUUCAAAAUGGAAAUUGGACUACAUUGUCGGAAACGCUAGAUAUUUUCAAUGUGCGUUAUCUUGCCAAUAAUUGGACGGAAGGGAAAUAUGCUAUUCAAGAGCAAUGUGCCAAAGAUAUUACAAGAUACAUCGAAGGAUUAAGAAAACAAGAAGUAUGGGCUUCAAAAGCUGAUGAUGCUUCAGGUAGAUAUACUAAUAGUUUUCUCUGGGGAAAUUCUUAUUAUGUCGGAUCAGCAACUCAAUGUGCCUAUAUCGGCGACGAUUAUAAGAAAGAGAUGACAAAGAUUCAUCGAAAUGCAUCGAUAGAAAACUUUAAUAUUGAAUCACGAAAAAAAAAUUCUGGUCUCAGUGGAAAAGAUCUUUGGAUCGGAACGAAAUUAGAUAAACCACCUUAUAAACUAGGAUUUUAUAUAAUGACCAUUUCAGUGAAUAAUACUUUAUUUCCUACGGUUAGAACAAUUUAUCUUGGAGUAUGUUUACCUUUCUCGUGUAAUGCUUCCGAUGUUUUUAUGAUAGUAAAACUUGCUGGAAGUGAACAAGCGGUGAAAUAUUCAUCGAUUGAAAAAAUUCGAGAUCAGCAUGAUAUGUACGACAUGUAUGAAGAUCCAAUCUUUUGGAUUCUAUCUGGUGUAAGUGCUGCAGUUUUUCUCUUAAUGCUCAUUGGUACUGGAUAUGAUAUUUACAUAACAAGAAAAUAUACUCGCGGAAAAAACAUGAUUUACGACUUGGAAAGACACGCAAAACUUGAACAAUUAGCAGUCAGAAAUCAAAAACCUCUAAGUGCUUUUCAAGGUAAGGUCUACCUUCCUGUUCCAGUGGCAGAAGCUAUCAUCAAUGGACCUCAAUCAUUAGCAGUUAAUAACAACAACGAUCAUGAAGGUAGUCUAGAUUCAACUAGUUUAAAAGGAUAUAAAUUUAGUGUCUUCGAAGAAUUGUUACUUUCUUUCUCGGUCCGAGCUAACGUAAAAAUCAUCUGCGAUGAUAAAGUUGGAGGUGACACAAUCAGCACUAUCCAUGGUCUUAAAGCGAUAUCGAUGGCUUGGGUUAUUUUGGGUCAUACCUGUAUUACUGCUUUUAAAUACUCCGAUAAUAUGGAAUAUCGAAAAGUCGUGGAAAAAAAAUUCCUCUUUCAAACAAUUACAAAUGGAGCUUUCAGUGUUGAUACAUUCUUUUUUAUGGGAGGUUUACUUGUAAGCUUCCUAUAUUUUAGGACGAAUGCGAAAGGAGAUUUGAACAAACUUACACAGGGUACACGGGGUAUUGUGGCAGGUAGUCUGAAAUUUAUCGGUCUUCUUAUGUACCGAUUUUGUAGACUUACAGCUCCCUAUAUGUUCGUACUUGGAGUAGUUCAAGUUGCAUCUAAAUGGUUUCUUUCGAAUUCUGUAUUUGAUCCACCAACCGCGGAUCAUAUCAACUGUCCUAAAUAUUGGUGGAGGAAUUUACUCUAUAUAAAUACUUUGUUUCCAGUAGAUCAAAUGUGCAUGAUUUGGAGUUGGUAUGUCGCCGACGAUACUCAAUUUUAUAUUGUCGGCGCCGUGAUAUUGAUAUUAGCAACAAAUCAUUUUAAAAUUGCUACUUUCAUGAUGACUACUUUGUUAUUGAGUUCCUGGUUAACAACAGGUUAUAUUGCUCUGAUAAAUAAUCAUAUGCCAAGCUCAGAUGAUCCGUUAGCGCUUUUUGAUAAAAUUUAUGAUAAACCAUGGACCAGAUUGGGUCCUUAUUUUAUAGGCAUGUCAAUAGGAUAUUUCCUCUUUAAGACUGACUGUAAAAUAAAAAUGUCUAAGACAACCGUUUGUGUAGGAUGGCUUCUUUCUUCAGCAUGUCUUUUAAGUUUAUUAUAUGGUUUGUACGAAACAGAACUUAAUCCUAUAAUGGCAGCUGCUUAUUCUUCAUUAAGCCAUAGCGUAUGGGCACUUGGUUUAUCAUGGAUCGUUGUUGCAUGCAGUACAGGUUACGGAGGAUACGUAAAUAAUAUUCUUUCGGCACCGAUUUUGUAUCCAAUUAGUAGAACAACAUAUUGCGCUUACUUAGUACAUCCACUUGUAAUUCGAUUAACAGCCAUGAAUUUGGAUUCGCCAUUUCAUUUAGGAAAAUAUACUAUGAUGAUCACUUUCUUUGGACAACUGGUUCUAUCUUAUGUAUUAUCAUUUAUUAUAUCCGUUUCUUUUGAAGCUCCUAUAGUAAGCAUGUUAAAGAUACUUUCACCAAAAAAACGAAAACGUAUACAAUGAGGCAAUCAAAAGUUGCUUUAUCUAACUUUUUUCAUAAAUUAUGUAUGUCUUUAUUAAUUAUAAAAUUAAUGUGAAAAAACUUAU